AUGGAGGCUCACCCCCCUGCUGCCUGCAGCAGCAGUUUACUACAGCGGGAAGCUGCUGCAUGCACGGUGUCUAUACACCCCGCUGUAGCCACCUGCAGCAGCAGCAGCAAGCACACGAUAGAGUACACAAAGCAACAGCAGCAGCAGCAGCAGAAGCAUGCACAUGAAGCAUUAGAAGUAGCAGCAGCAGCAGCAGCAGAACACAUGGAGUGCAAACAGCAGCAGCAGCAGCAGCAGCAGCAGCCGCAAGAGGUGUGUCUGCCCCCUUCUUCUCUGUCUCCUCCUCUGGCGCUGACUGCAGCAGAAGCACGACGAAGCCCGACAGCUGCGGUGUAUGAACAGCUGCUGCUGGGUGCUUCUGCUGCUGAUGCUGCGCUCAUCAUGCAAAACGCAGAAGGGAUUUCUCGCCUAUUAAACCUCCAUAAGCAGCAGCAGCAGCAGCAGCAGCAGCAGCAGCAGCAGCAGCAGCAGCAGCAGUACAAGCAGCAGCAACAGUUGCAGCAACAGCAGCAGCAGCAGUAUAAACAGCAGCUCCUGCAGCAGCAACAACAGCAGCAGCAGUACAAGCAGCAGCAGCAGCAGCAACAGCAGCAGCAGCAGUACCAGCAGCAGCAGCAGCAGCAGUACAAGCAGCAGGAGCAGGAGCAGCAGCAACAGCAGCAGCAGCAGCAGCAGCAGAACAAGCAGCAGAUACCGGCAGAAAAAACAACAGAGGACGAGGGGGGCGUUGUAUAUUCAUCGUCUUCGUUGCUGCCGGCAGUAAACAACUUUUUGCGUGCUGCUGCUGCUGCUGCUGCUGCUGCUGCUGCUUCUCCUUUUUCUACUUUUAAUAAAACUCAAGUUCAUGCAGCGGAAGAUUUAUGCAGGUGGACCACUGGUCACCCCACAGAAACAGAAACAUGCAGAGAAACUAAAGAUACCAACGCAGUGAAGCAGCACCAGGACAGCGACGACGUUGUUGCUGCAGCAGCAGCAGCUGCUGCUGCUGCUGCUGCUGAGGGCUACGGGGUGCGGCUGAACGGCCGCCACCGCCCCCUUGAAGAGAAGGAAGAGCAUCUGCUUUUGCCUAGGGUGGAGAAGGAAGACGAGCAGCAGCAGCUGCAGCAGCUGCAGCAGCUGCAGCAGCAGCAGCAGCAUAGGCAGCAGCAGCAACAAGCGCAGAAGCUACUGCAGCAGCAGCAGCAGCAGCAGCAGCAUCUGCAGCAGCAAGAUGACGGGGUAGAGGAGUGCUGGGAGGUGGGACGGGUGCGGGGCGUUAAUUUUGAGUCCGAUUCGAAGCAGCGAGGAACAGCAGCAGCACCAGCAGCAGCAACAGCAGCAGCAACAGCAGCAACAGCAGCAGCAGCAGCAGCAGCAGAGAGCCAAGAAGAACUAGAGAGUUUGUUUAGGAGCACAAGUCCCCCAUAUGAAGAUGAAAUGGGUUUAUUUGAUGGAUGCCGAUCCCCCCAAUCAAAAGAAAUGAAAUUCUCUCCCACAUAA